AUGGACGGCGACGAGCUUAUUGCCUCGGUCUACCGCAAGAUCGAGCGGGAAAAGGCCUUGAUCGCCGCCGCCAGUAACAUGCGGCAGUCGACCGACAACCCCCUCGUCCAACAGCGAGUCGAUUCCAACAUCCGCGAUGGCCGCAAAAAUAUCGCCUACCUCGAGGAGAAGAUGCGAGAGCUACAGAUUCGUCAUAUGGAACAGCAAGGUGGUGGCUCCCCCGGUGACCAGCGUCAGGGUUCAGGACCCGCGCCGCCCCCCAAAGACUUCUCUGGAUACUUCGCAGGCGACGGUGAUGGUCAUAAUUACCCCCAGAGUGGCGCAGGCACUAUGCCAACAGGCGCCCCGUUCGCCGAUCCUCGGCCAUACUCCCAGGUUCCUAAGGCGCGUCCUAAUUAUACAAAGCUUGAUCUAAUCAAGUAUGACACUCAAUACCUCGGACCGAAGAUUCAACUCAUGCUGUCCCAACUCGAAUUCAAGCUGAGUGUGGAGAAACAAUACAAGGCGGGAAUUGAGAAGAUGGUUCGCUUGUACCAGGAUGAGGGUGAUCGGAAGAGUCGCGCGGAUGCCGAAGGCCGUCGCAUUGAAAGUAACCAGAAGAUCCAGCUGCUGAAGCAGGCUCUGAAGCGAUACGAGGAUCUCCACAUCGACAUUGAGUCCUCGGAUGCCGCAGAUGAUGAGAGUCUGAGCAGCCCCAACAUGCGCAAGCCGUUGACCGGUCUUCUAACCAUGCGCAUUCACGGUGUGAGGGAUGUUGAUCACGCCACCAGCUCCCGAUUUUCUCGCGGCCCUGAGACCUAUGUCAUUGUUAAGGUGGAAGAUACGAUCAAAGCAAGAACAAAGGCAACCAGAAACGAUAAAUGGCUAGACGAAGCCUUUUCCAUCGAUAUUGAUAAAGCGAAUGAGAUCGAGCUUACAGUUUACGACAAAUCUGGAGACCGCCCGACACCCAUUGGUAUGCUAUGGGUUCGCAUCUCCGAUAUUGCAGAGGAGAUGCGUCGCAAGAAGAUUGAGACAGAACUCAACGCCUCUGGGUGGGUUUCUGCCGACAAGAUGGGCGAUUCGAGUACCCCUCGAUCUGAUCACCACCCCGGCUCGCCGGGCUCAUCCCAAGGGGGCGCCAACUUCCAAGGGAUGGCCCCGCCAAUGGGACAGCAACCUGGAGAAAAUUCGAACGCACCCCCAAGCGUGAUGAUCGAUUCCUGGUUCGCUUUGGAGCCAUUUGGUAGUAUUCAUCUUUCGAUGAGCUUUGCCAAGCAACUGAAGGACCGUCGUCCCUUUGAUAUCGGUCUUAAUCGUCAAGGUGCCGUGCGUCAAAAGAAAGAUGAUGUCCACGAGAAGCAGGGCCACAAAUUCGUCACCCAGCAGUUCUACAACAUCAUGCGCUGUGCGCUUUGUGGAGAAUUCCUUAAAUAUGCUGCGGGUAUGCAGUGCUCGGAUUGCAAGUACACUUGCCAUAAGAAAUGCUACCCGAAGGUUGUCACCAAGUGUAUCAGUAAGGCAAAUUACGAAACCGACCCCGACGAGGAGAAGAUCAACCAUCGCAUUCCCCAUCGUUUCGAAGGAUUUUCCAAUAUCUCGGCGAACUGGUGUUGCCACUGUGGCUAUCUGCUUCCCUUUGGGCGAAAGAACGCGAAGCGUUGUAAUGAAUGUGGUCUCACGUCCCACGCGCACUGCACUCAUCUUGUUCCUGACUUCUGCGGCAUGUCGAUGGAGGCAGCAAAUCAAAUCUUGGAAACUUUGAUUCGAACAAAGAAUCUCAACAAGCCCAUUCCUGUCAGUAGCGGCCUCAAGCACCAUACUCUUCGGCCUGGAGGUCCACCCCAGCCAACCCAAGAUCACGCCGGUCUUUCAUACCCCCAAAAAUCCACCAAUAGCUCUUAUGGAGCCCUCCCCCGGCAGCCCUCAUCUGAAGCGGUAAGCGCGGCGACUAACUCCUUUAUGACUCCACAGUCACCAACGGCACUUCCACAGGCUGCUCAGCGCCAACCACUUCCACCGAAAUCACCCACAUCAACGUCCCCUGCUGCAGCUGCAGCUGCCUCGGCCGCCGCGGCUGCGGCAACCGGGAUGCGUAGCCCUCAGCAGACUCCAAGUAUGUAA